AUGGCCCAGCCGCCAUCCUGCGCCCGGUCAGGCUCCAGCCGGCAGUCGUGGCGGGGUCUCCAGAUCUCGCGGGUCCCUGUCACCCUGGUGGGCCUCACGGAGGCUCCUCUCCCUCGUCUGAGAAAGCGGACCCCAGGGGGACACCCCAGAGCUCGGGCACGGGGCUGCCAUGGGGCUGGCGCCGGAGCUGCUGCAGCGGCUCUCCUGGCCAACAUCUCGGGGGCCUCACGCCGGCCUCCACUCCCCUCUGGGCCCUGAGAGCCUGGGCCGGGCAGGGGUCUGUCCAGGGGCUCCUAGACGCUGAGAUGGGAGCACAGGGAGGGAGAGGCGGCCUCGGGUCAUCCUGCCGUGCGGUCUGGCUCUUGUAGGAGGUGGGCUACUGCCAGGGCGUGAGCGAGGUCGCGGCCGUCCUGCUCAUGUUCCUGGGCGAGGAGGACGCCUUCUGGGCGCUGGCCCAGCUCAUGGUCAGCGAGAGGCACGCCAUGCAUGACCCCCUUCUCACUCACCCUGAAGCUCUGGGACGCCUACAUCCUGAAGGGUGAGCAUGUGCUCACGGCCAUGGCCUACACCAUGCUCAAGGUGCACAGGAAACACCUCCUGAAGCUGCCUCUGGAAGGCCUGCGGGAGUUCCUGCAGGACGGGCUGGGCCAGCCCUGGGCCCUGGAGGAUAACGCAAUGCUCAGGCACCUCCAGGCCUUGAUGGUGGAGCUGCAGAGGAUGAAAUGUGACCUGCCUUCUCCAGAGGAGUUCCCCACCGUGCCCCUGGGCCUGGAGCGAGCGUCCCCGGAGCCCAGGCCUGUCCUCGCCUCUCCCAGCUGUGAGAAGCUGCCCAGUGAGGCCGGGCUGUCCCUCCCCGCCUACCCGUCGAGCACGAGCGGCCAGGACCCUCGCCCACCCAGGCUGUCCCCGAGGCCGAGGAGCUGCAGCAUAAGGGGGCCUCCACGGGGCCCAUGGCUGCUCACACCUCUCUCAGAGCCCCAGAGGCUCCGGGUCUGUCCUGCCUGCCCCCGGCCCAGGACAGCUCUAGGGAUCGGCUGCAGCCACGGCGUUUCACUUCCCUCCCCAACCUCCCAGGGAAUCACGAAGCCGCAGACAGGUGGCCUCCAGCCGUGGGCUCUGAGCUGGAACGCUGGGCGUCUCUCCCUUUACUGCCCGCCUGGGCCACCCCCAGGGCCACAGGACAGGCUCAGCCCUGCAUCCCCACUGGGGCCCCAGUGACAGGCCCCAUCCAGCCUGACGAGGACCAAGCCACAGGGCCCAGGACACCCUUCCUGCCCUGUGACGCCUGCAGCCGAUGCCCCUCUCAGGGUGGUGAAGGGCACAGUGGAGAUGAAGCCCUGGCAGGGCCCAGCGAGCUGCCCCAGGGCCUCGGCUGUCCCCUCCACCCCCUGAUCUCCAUGUCCACAAGGAAGCUGGAGGCUUGGGACCCUCUAGAGGGGAGUGUGAUGGAGGGGGCGAUGGCCCUGAAGCGCCCAGCAGUAAGCAGCAGCGUGCCCCGGGUCGUCAUGCUGGCCAUCCUGGAGGACGGUGCCCCCCUCUCAUAGAGGGGCCUGGCCUGGCUUGAACCUGGGCUCUGGGAGGGCAGGGGCGCCAUGAGCGCUUCCCCAGCCGGGAUGAAGACAGUGGUGACUGAGCCCCCCAUGUCCCUGGCCUGUCCUGGUCUCUGGCCAAAGCAGGGCCAGGUCUCUCUGAGCAGUGUGUGGUCACCUGGGGCCUGGGCAUGCCCCACAGGGCGACGUCGGUGACUAGAGGCAGCUCUAGGAGCAUCAGGCCACUCCAGUGAGGGAGUGGCAGGGGCAGGCGGGCCAGUCUCACCCUCCCGCCCCAGAGGUGGCAGGGACAGCCAGACGCUGGGCCCCAAGCGGCCACCUGGCAGUGAUGGGGUAGAGCCCCGAGGCCAAGCUGAAGGCGCUGGGCCUGCUCAGAGAACCCGAGAGCUGCUGCUCCAGGACGGACUGGAGGACACUGUGGGAGGCCGGGUCCCUCCCUCUUAAAGUUCAAUAAAGCGUUUUCGUGGUUAAAAUGCAAGACCAGCCUGUCCUCGCAUCGCCCAGAACUCUCUGCAGGAUGGACCAGAAGCCCCGCGAGGCAGAGGAUGGCGUAG